AUGGAAUAUAUCUGCAGAGUUAAUUGGAAAGAAAUCAAUACCAAUAAACAAUUGCAAGAAGCAAUUUUAGAAUGGACUGAUAGGGGUUUGGAUGAUGUUAAUUCUUUAACAAGGGUUGACAUUUUAAAACUAAUUUCCAUCCAUGGUUUAGAGAAUGACUCAAACAUUAUUUAUGACCCAGAAAGUGGUACUACAAAAAUAGAAAUUAUCAUAGAUGCAAAAAUUUUCUAUGGAAUUAGUUCUAAAUGGAAUUUAACAUUCAAUUUCCCAGAGUUUGGCGACCAUUGCAUUUCAAUGUAUGUUGACCGUAAAUAUGGAGAAAUUAAUAAAGAAGAGUUCUAUAAAUACACACACGAUAUUAAACAUAUCCAAAAUGAAAACAAUGCUGUUAAUGGUUCAGUCAAUGUUAAAGAGAGUAUAGCUAGUAUAAGUAAUACAAAUUAUAAUGCAAAUUAUACUACAAAUAAUACUACAAAUAAUACUACAAUUAAUACUACAAAUAAUGCAGAUCUAGUAAACGAUUUUACAAAAUUUAGUUUAAAGAAAAAAGCAAGUAAUUAUUCAUCGCAUAUGUCAACAACAUCAAGUACACCAAUUCCAACACUUUGCCCAGUAAAAACAAAAGCAUUGGAGGAGACUUCUUCGUCGAGUUCCUCAUCUUUAUCCUCAUCACCAGAAAGUAUCUUGUCAGCAUUACUUGAUAUCCCAGAUAUUCCAUUACCAACAAUAACUCAGUCGGAACAAUUAAAGUCAUUGAUAUCAAAACUACAACCAGCAGAUCUAACAGCUGAACUACAAGCAGAACUUUCCAAACUACCACCAGAUUACCUACAAUCAUUAGAUAUACCACCUGAACUUGGAUUUGUUCAACAAGAAAAGCCAUCUCCACAAUCACAAUCAUCACCAAUACCAUCAAACAAUUACAAUAGAUCAAAUAAUCCACUAUUUCAAACAAAAUACAUAACACCACUCGCCGAGGCUAGUAGUAAGGAUGUGCCUAUUCCAAUAACCACAAAAGAUCCAUCAAAAAUUUUUAGAAAUAAAAUAUCACACAUACUUUCAAGAAAUAUACCACCAUUAACUUUAUUAAAAGACCAUUUUAAGGAAGCAGUUUCAAAGAGUUUUAAAAAAUCAAGUGUCAAGACUUUGGAUGAACUUAAUGAAACCGUGGAAAUGGUUCAAACGUUAUUUCAACACAGUUUAACUGAUUUUAGAGUAAUGUCCAAUAUAGAUUCUAUAAUUCAUUCAUCUACCAAUGAUCUUUUAGCUCAAUACAUGCAAAUAACGGAAAAAAUCUCAUGGGAACAAACUAGUCAAGCUUAUAAAGAUAAAGGAAAUGAAUUAUUUCAAAAGAGAUUCUUUAGCGAUGCAAUCAUUUUAUAUAACGAGGCAUUACGUUUACAUUCACUAGAAAACAAUCAAGAUACAUCAAUUCUUAGCAGCAUUCACUCAAAUCGUUGUCUAUGUUUAGUUAAUCUAGAGCAUUAUGAAGCUGGUGCCGCUGAAGCUACAAGAGGUAUUGAAAUUAAUUCAUCAGCACGUUUAUUGCACAAGCUACAUUAUCGUAGAGGUAUCUGUUAUUAUCACCUUAAGAAGCAUAGCAAAGCUAAAAAAGAUUUCCUUAGAGCGCACAAAUUAAUCGAAAAAAUGGAUAGUACCGAUAUAUCUUCAAUAGAGUCUUAUUUAUAUAAAAUCAAAAAAUUAAAUUUACCUUUACAUGAAGAAGAAAAAUAUGAAGAGCAAUUAGCAAAAGAAAAAAAUGUAUCAGGUGCAGCCACUGUAAAUAAAUAUCAAUCAAUUGUUGAUUCUAGAGUAGACCUUAAAUAUGAAUCCGAUAAAGUUGGUAGAAUCACCGAAGCAAAUAGUCCAAUUCCUGAAAAUUCAUUACUUUUUCAAGAGCGUCCAUAUGUGUCAUGCUUAGAUAGAAAUUACCAUUCAUUAUAUUGUUAUAAUUGUUUUAAAGAAUUAUUAGUACCAGUUUAUUGUAAAGGUUGUAAUAAUGCUCAAUAUUGUGGUGAUAGUUGUUUAAAAGAAGAUUAUAAAAACCAGCAUAGUGUUGAAUGCGAUAAAGGAUUUUUAUUAACAUGUUCACACGAAUCAUUAUUAGUAAUUCGUAUUUUAAUAAAGAAAGCCAAGGAAUAUAGAGAAUUAUAUGGUGAACCAAAUAAUAAUAACAGUAAAAAUAAUAAUAAUAAUAAAUUUGAAAAUGGACCAUCUUCUUAUAUUCCAACUCCAGUAUUAAAGAAUGUAAAUAUAAAGAAAUCAAAUAAUAAAUUUGAUUCAAAUAAUUUGGUAUUAUUUGAUGAAAGUCUUUCAGAAUUACAAAACUUACAAAUUUCUCGAGACGAUAAACUGUAUGAAAUCCCAAAAGAUAAAACUAGUUUAGAACAAGCAAAUAUUUAUUUACCAAACUAUGAAAUGAUCAACAGUUUUGACCCACAUAUCCUAGAGCACUCAAAUGAAAACCUCCUAAGUUUAAUAUUCGAUUCACUCAUUAUCGAAAGAUUUAUAGGCUACUAUCAAAAAGAGUUGGGUAUUCUCCCAGAAGAUAUCAAUAUUUCAACCAUUCUUAGACAUUUGUGCCAGUUAACUACUUAUACAUUUGCAAUUCCAGGUUUUAUAUACCGUGAUCAAACCCGAUAUGUCCCAGAACAAGAGUCUCCAUCACAGAAUCUUUAUACAAAAUAUAAAAUCCUAAAAUACAUUGAAGAUAAAAUUGGCUACGCAAUUUAUCCAAUGUCCAGUUUAAUGAAUCAUAGUUGUGUCCAAAAUACCCAUCUUCAAUAUAAAGGGAAUACAAUUGUUAUUAAAUCACUUUGUGACAUAGAAAAAGGUGAAGAGAUUUUAGGUUGUUAUGGACCAAGCGCAUUUUUACAUCCAUUAAGAGAUCGUAUAGUAAGCCUUUAUAAAGAAUACUUUUUCAUUUGUAGAUGUAAGGCUUGUAGCGAAAAAGCAGGACCCGAUCAAUUGAAAUGCCCAGGUUCAUUUGAAAACAAUUCAAACACUCAAUGUUCAGGUACUCUUUUAGAAAAAGUUAGUUUCCAACAAUUAAUUAAUAAGGCCGAAUCAGAAUCAAAAAAUUCAUUAUCGUCACAAACAAUGUCUUCAUUAUCAUCAUUCAGUAUAAAAUCAAAGAAACCACUUCCUGUCAAUCAUCAAAUAUUAUCAAAUUAUGAACAGCAUGAAGAUUAUGAAAAUCGUGUAUUUAUUUGUAAUAAGUGCGGCAUUGAAUUGUAUGGCAUCGAUGCACAUUCACUAACUUCCCAGGUUAUUAUAUCUGAUAACCUCUUCAACGCAGGAGUUAAAGCUCUUAACAAAAACAAUUAUUCAAAAGAAAUUGAAAAUCUAUUUUUAAAAUCAUUGGAAAUUCGUAGAAGUUUAUUCAAGGUUUCAAGUAAAAAAAUUGGUGAUGUUUAUGAUGCUUUGGUCCGAUAUUUCCUCACAAACGAAGCCGGUUACACAGCAGCUUUAUAUUUAGAAAAAUUCAUAGAAAAUAUAAGCAUUAGAUUAUUACACAACAAUUCAUCCGAUUUGGGUAGAGAGUAUGCAAAAUUAGGUGAAGUUUAUUUAUGUAUUGGUGAAUUCUCAAAAUCAGAAAAAGCAAUAAAGAAAGCAGAGGAAAUUUUAUUAAAUUGGAGGGUAGAACCAAGUGAUGACGAAGUUUUAUUUUUAUUGGUCAAUCAUAAAAAACUAUUUUCAUAUGCAUCUCAAUUUUCGAUAUAA